UUAUUCGUUUUUAGUCCGUCUGCAGUCGCUGUAACAUAUUUUCCUUCAAAUUUUUCCUCUUGAAAGUUGAUUCGAAACAAUAAUACCGUUGAAGUUAAUUCUCUGCUUUUGGUUGGAUAUCGUUUGAUAUGGAAGGUGUAGCGGGAAGAUUUCCCGUCCAGACUAGAACAGAAACUAUCGAGAUUAACGGGAAUUCAACAGAAGUUGUCAUUUCAAAGUUCAGCGACAAGUUAUUUAUCAUUCUUACUCAAUACGGCAAGGUGGGAAACGUGGUUGAAGUUCGUCGGGACGUUGCUCAGAAAGACGAUUCAUCCAGUGCAGUUUACAGCGUUCGAGUCUUAUUCGGUCGAGACGACGAGGAAAUUCACGUUGCUGCACGUUUCUUGGUGAACUUUAUUCCAACACAGCAAAACAUUUUAUUUGCCUUGUCACUUAAAGACUAUCAGCCGAAAACUCUGCGUCAAGUUGGCGAAUUCCUAAAGAUCAACCUUUCCCUCACCGAAAAAUCUGCAUAAAUUUUCCAACAUGUCUGUAAGAAAAACCAUCUUCGGCCAAGCCGUUAUCGGUCCUCCCGGUAGCGGCAAGUCCACUUAUUGUCAUGCAAUGGCGGAUUUCCUUCGAUCCCAGAAUCGUAAAGUAGCUCUAGUUAAUUUAGAUCCUGGCAAUGAUUUAUUACCGUUUACCUCUUCCAUUGAUGUAUCACAAUUGAUUACUGUCCAAGAUGUAAUGGAAAAUUACAAUUUGGGUCCGAACGGCGCUUUGGUUUAUUGUAUGGAAUUCCUCGAAAAGAAUUUGGACUGGCUCUUUGUGGAAAUAGAGAAAUUCAAAGAUCAUUACUUCAUCUUCGAUCUACCGGGACAGGUUGAGCUCUAUACCCACAACAAUUCUGUAAAAAACAUUAUGAAACAGUUAGAAGCAUUUGGUUUUCGUUUAUGCUGUGUUCAACUGAUCGACUCUCACUAUUGCAGUGAUCCAGGUAAAUUCAUAUCGGUGUUGUUAACGGCCAUGACAUCCAUGUUCCAAAUGGAAAUGCCACAGGUUAACGUACUGUCUAAAGUAGACCUGGCUGAACAACAUGGACGGCUGCACUUUGGUCUCGACUUUUACACUGAGGUGUUGGAUUUGAAUUACCUGUUGGAAGCAAUCAAUACGGAUCCUUUCAUGAAGAAAUAUCGGCAAUUAAAUGCUGCUUUAAUUGAUGUCGUAGAAAACUACAGCUUUGUUUCUUUCUUGCCUCUAUCCAUCUCUGACUCCCAAUUACUAAAGAAUGUUCGUGCUGCUGUGGACAAAGCUAAUGGUUAUGUGUUUGGAGCCGGCGAAGAAAAUGAAAGAAAUAUCGUUGCCUUACUAUCGACAGCUGUGGGUGCACAAUUUCAUGGCGAGUUUUCUGGAACAAUAAGUGAAAAAUUUCUGAGCUCUAAUAACUGUGAUGAGGAUGAAGCAUCUGAUAACGAAAAUUCCAUGUCUGUCGAUGAAUCUAAACCCCUUUCGGAAUUUAAAUAGAUGGUUUCAUAUUCCCUCAA